AUCUAUAAAGGUGGCAAGCCUUCUCACUUUGUUAAUGCCAGUGACCCAAGUGACUCUAAUUGGAUGAGAUUUGUCAACUGUGCUAGGCAUCAAGACGAGCAGUGUGUAACUACCUACCAACAUGGAGGAGAAAUCUAUUACAGAACUCACAAGGAUGUUCACCCUGGCACAGAAAUACUGGUGAGUCAUUGAACCAAGAUGGCUGCCGUGGCUGUUUAUUGAAACUGCUUGCAUUAACUUUAAGGCCAUCUUUGCUAAACAAGCCAUUAUCAGUUUUGAAUGCAUAGCUUAUUAGAUAAGGGACUAUCAAUAUAAUAAGUAUGCACUGAUUUGGGGAGGCGGUUGUUGAUUUUGUGUAUGCCUGGGUAUGGGCCAGAGGGAUGUCGACAAAUUAUGUACAUUUAUGGCCCAGGGAGGGGGUGUCUUGGCAGAAAGUAUGUACAUUUAUGGCCUGGGGGUGUGUGUCUCUCAGCUGACAUUAUGUUCAUUUAUGGCUGGGGGGGGGGUCAUCAGAAAUCCUGCGAUAAUGUUCCUUAAAUUCUGAUAGUCCAUUUAUAUAUUUAAUGCUUUACAAAUAUCAUCUAAAGCAGUGGUUCUCAAACUUUUUCGUCUACCGCCCCCUCGAAGGUCAUAAACAUAUCCCUGACUCCCCUUCAUCUUAAUCCAUUAAAAAAUGUUCAGAAUAUUAUUAGUUUUGCACAUGCUUUUAAGGAAAAUUAUAAAAAAAGAAGCAAUGAAAAAGUGUAGAUUUAUUUGAAAAUUCACAAAGAAAGUUAAUUAGCUUCCCAUGUUAGGAAUUUUUAUACUAGGAUAAUAAUAAAUCAAGAAUUUUACAAAUGACACUUGUUAUUAGUAACUAACUUUAACUGUUCCAAUGUUCUUAAUGCAUUGGGUGGGCUUAGUGAAGUGAUUUCAGUUUUUCAAUGCCUAUUUGAAAGCCAUUUAACAAAACUCUUAGUGGCCUGGUUCAGUAAUCUGGAGACUAUUUCUUUGCUUGGGGAAAAGUUGAACAACACCACUAAGACCAGAUUCAACCAACUAUGAUUUUGGAGAGGCAACAAGAAGUUUCUUGGAUUUUUCCAUUAAACUGGAAUUUUAAUCAAAAGUAAAUCACUCUGACAUAUCUUUAUGCAGAAUAUCCAAAUUGUUACAAAAUAAUUCAAGAUCAUUAUCUGGUAUCCCACCUUUUUUCUCUUCUAGUUCAGACCUGCUUGAAACGACGGUCCAAUAUUGCGUUUGAAUGGAAUUAAUUAAGAUAAAAAUUUAGACAUAAUUUAAUUGUUUUUUUAUAAGAUUAGCCUUAUUACAUUGCAUAUUUUAAGUUAUUUGAUUGAAUUAAGCAAAUUUAUCUGAUAAAUAUUAAAUUUAGCUGAUUUUAAUGCUGGUGUGUAAUGACUGCUGCUAGCAAUAACAACACUAAUGCUGGUUUGUAAUGACUGCUGCUAGCAGUCACAACACUAAUGCUGGUUUAAACUUUGUUUAAAUUGUUCACUCCCUUUCUACCAUUUUUAUUCUGAAAGUAAUUAAUUUUAAAAAGUUUUAAUUAAAUCAUUUCCUAAUAGCUACUCCAUCACCAGACGCUACGAAACAAUUAAAAAUCAAAUUACAUAGUUACACAAUUAUCAACAAAAUCUAAUAAAAGUUUGUCAAUGCAUACUUAUUAUAUUUAUAUUCAAUGGGAAAAAUUUUUAGAUUUAACAAAUAUUCUUAAAAUUAACAUCUUUUUAAGUUUUUCUUUUCUUAAAAAAAAAAAGACUUAACAAAAUAUUUGUUUAAUGUGACAAACAAGUGAAAUUUUUUGUUAUUUGUAUCAUUCUUUUCUAAAAAAAUUCAAGUUAAAACACCAUGCUCUAUCAGUAUUGUUUUCAAUAAAUAAAGCAUUGUCUGAACCUCUAGGGGAUUUAGCAUGUGCUUGAUUAAAAUUUAGUGGUGUCAAAAAUGAGGUGUAUUUUUAUCAAGGAAUUGAUCUAUUGAUGUACCAAUCAUAACCUAGGGCUUAGAUCCUAAAAUGCUAACCUACUACAAUACGUAGAAAAUAAUCACAUUCAUAUGGACCAAGAGGGUAAAGAAGCGCUUCAGUAUUCUCUGAUAAGAAGUUCUAAGCAAUUGCCCCAUUUGUUCUCUAGACUGUUCUAUAUGUUGUUGUCAAUUGUCAGGUGUAAAAUGGUGACAGAUUAUUUAAUUCAAUGUAUUUGUACCAGGUAUACUAUGGUGACAGUUAUGCCAAGGAGUUAGGAAUAAACAUUCAGGUUGUUGGCAAAGUUAGCAGAAAGAGGUCAGCACAGUCAAAGGUACUCGACCCUGUCAUUCCAACAAGCAAUGGUUGUGUGCAUGACCCUAGUCAGGAGGAUAGAGGUUGUAGUCCAUCAGCACCAGUUGAGGGUACCGGUAUGCACAUAUUUGUAUAAUUUAGAGUACUUGGUGUUACUUGCAUCUUGUAAACACAAUAUACAAAGACUUUUGGCUGCCAAUUGUCAUUUUUUAAUAAUUGUACUUAUAGAAACAAAGUCAUAUAAUUUCAAUGGUCCAAUCUGAUUUUAUAUUUGUUUGUUUGAUCAUGUUGAUUACCAGUAGUUAAUUUAAAUAACUAAUUACCUUUAACAUUGUCUUACAGAUAUUUUCAAGUGCAAAUUUUGUACAAUUGCAUACUCACAUCAAAGGUACCUUGAGACUUACUUGAGAAGAAAACACUAUGAUGACUAUUGGAAAAUGAAACAGGUGGAAAUAUUCAGAGAACAGACUGGCCAAUCUAAUGGUGUGGAAAAAUAUCCAUUGCAAAGAAGUCUAAAGAAGAAAGAAACUUCACCUCUGAGAGUCAGACAAAUCAAACAGAAAAGAACACAUUCAGGAGAAAAACCUUUCAAAUGUGGUGUCUGUGGGAAAGCUUUUACGGAGGCUUGUAACCUAUCUCAACACAAAAGAACACAUUCAGGAGAAAGACCUUUCAAAUGUGAUGUAUGUAAGAAAAGUUUUUCACGAGCUCAUCACUUAACUCAACACAACCGUACACAUUCAGGAGAAAAACCUUUCAAAUGUGAUUUCUGUGGGAAAGGUUUUACAGCAACCAGUAGUCUAUCUCAACACAAAAGAACACAUUCAGGAGAAAGACCUUUCAAAUGUGAUGUCUGUAAGAAAAGUUUUUCACAAGCUUUUCACCUAACUCAACACAACAUGACACAUUCAGGAGAAAAACCUUUCAAAUGUGAUGUCUGUGGGAAAGGUUUUACACGAACUAUUGAUCUAACUCGACUCAAAAGGACACAUUUAGGAGAAAAACCUUUCAGUUGCGAUUACGCGGAAACGCUUUUACGCCAACUAUAACAAACCAUAUGUAUAGCGGAAACGCUUUUACGCCAACUAUAACAAACCAUGUAUAGUGACAAAGGGAUGGCACACAUCUUACUUGACAUGGCAACAAGGCAAAGACUUACUUGACAUGGCAACAAAGCAAAGACUUACUUGACAUGGCAACAAGGCGAAGACUUACUUGACAUGGCAACAAGGCAAAGACUUACUUGACAUGGCAACAAGGCAAAGACUUACUUGACAUAAACAUGUUACAUCUUGCUUUUUUUCAACAGCAGACAAUCCUGGUACUACAUUUCAACUACACAGUUAUAAACACUAACUGCUGCAAACAUUAAUUUUCUAGAGUGUCCUAGCUCCCUUUUUAGUGUCAUGGGAAAUUCUGCCUAACAUAGCCGAAUUUUAAUCUGAAUUAUGUGCCAGUUCCUUGUAGAAUGAAUUAGAAAAAAAAAGUUUUUUAAAGUAUUCUCUUUUAUCACUUGUUUUGAC